UCAGUUGGCCCUAGCAGCGGCGGCGGUGGCGGCGGCGCGAGGAUCCCUGUCUCUGCUGCUGCUGGUGCUGCAGCUGAAGGGCCAGUGCAGCCCCAGACACAGCCCUCUUUCUCCUGCCUCUCCUCCGGGGACGAUCGGAGGGUUUCUUAUUCUGUGUGUAGAAGGAAGCCUCCGUCAAACCCGCCUCUGCUUUCACCGACAGAGAGAGAGAGAGAGCCCAGGAGGCAGCUGCGAAGUGGAAGGCACGGAUUUGGCCGCCGCAGCUGAAGAGGCGACAUGCCCGCGGUGCAGAAAACCGUGUCCGAGUUGCGGUUCCGGGCGGAGGGAUAUGAGAAGACAGAUGAUGUUUCAGAGAAGACUUCGUUAGCUGAUCAGGAAGAAGUGAGAACUAUAUUUAUAAAUCAACCCCAGUUCUCUAAAUUUUGUAACAAUCAUGUCAGCACUGCAAAAUACAACUUAAUCACAUUCCUGCCGAGGUUCCUCUAUUCCCAGUUCAGAAGAGCUGCUAAUGCUUUUUUUCUUUUCAUUGCAUUGCUUCAGCAAAUUCCAGAUGUUUCUCCAACGGGACGUUAUACAACCUUGGUUCCUCUGUUAUUUAUCUUAGUUGUAGCAGCAGUAAAAGAAAUAAUAGAAGAUGUUAAAAGACAUAAAGCAGAUAACGCUGUGAACAAGAAGCAGAUACAAGUAUUGAGAAAUGGAGCUUGGGAAAUUGUACACUGGGAAAAGGUUGCUGUUGGGGAAAUAGUGAAAGUGACCAAUGGGGAGCAUCUCCCAGCUGAUCUCAUCAGUCUGUCAACAAGUGAACCACAAGCUAUGUGCUACAUCGAAACAUCAAAUUUAGAUGGUGAAACUAAUCUAAAAAUAAGACAGGGAUUGCCGUUAACAUCAGAUAUAAAGGACAUUGACAACUUGAUGGGACUUUCAGGAAGAAUUGAGUGUGAAAGUCCUAACAGACAUCUCUAUGACUUUGUUGGAAAUAUCCGACUAGAAGGACAUGGCACUGUUCCACUGGGACCUGAUCAAAUUCUUCUACGUGGAGCUCAGUUAAGAAAUACACAGUGGGUUCAUGGUAUAGUUGUCUACACAGGGCAUGACACAAAACUCAUGCAGAAUUCAACAAGCCCACCUCUUAAACUAUCCAAUGUGGAAAGAAUUACAAAUAUCCAAAUUUUGUUUUUAUUCUGCAUUCUUAUUGCUAUAUCUUUGAUUUGUUCCAUUGGGUCAGCUAUAUGGAAUCAAAAACAUGAGGAGAAAGACUGGUAUAUCAAUCUAAACUAUGGUGGUGCUAAUAAUUUUGGACUGAAUUUCUUGACAUUUAUAAUUCUCUUCAAUAAUCUAAUUCCAAUCAGCUUGUUAGUUACAUUAGAAGUAGUGAAAUUUAUCCAAGCAUAUUUUAUAAAUUGGGAUAUUGACAUGCAUUAUGAACCUACUGACACUGCUGCAAUGGCUCGUACAUCCAAUCUCAAUGAAGAACUUGGUCAGGUUAAAUACAUAUUUUCUGACAAAACUGGCACCCUGACAUGCAACGUAAUGCAAUUCAAGAAGUGUACUAUUGCAGGAAUAGCUUAUGGUCAUUCUCCUGAAUCAGAGGAUUAUGGCUUUUCCAUAGAUGAUUGGCAAAGUUCACAAAGCAAAGAAGACAAACCAUUUAAUGAUCCAGCAUUACUAGAAAAUCUCCAAAAUAAACAUCCAACUGCACCAAUCAUUUGUGAAUUUUUGACAAUGAUGGCAGUGUGCCAUACAGCAGUUCCAGAAAGAGAAGAUGAUAAGAUAAUUUAUCAAGCAGCAUCACCAGAUGAAGGAGCUUUGGUUAGAGCAGCGAAGCAUCUUCAUUUUGUUUUUACUGGAAGAACACCGAACUCUGUAAUUAUAGAAUCUCUUGGACAGGAAGAAAGAUAUGAAUUGCUGAAUGUGCUAGAAUUCACAAGUUCUAGGAAAAGAAUGUCUGUCAUUGUCCGCACACCAACAGGAAAAUUAAGACUGUACUGCAAAGGCGCUGACACAGUAAUUUAUGAUCGCCUGGCUGAAAAUUCAAGAUACAAGGAAAUUACAUUGAAACAUUUGGAACUCUUUGCUACAGAAGGCUUGAGAACACUUUGUUUUGCUGUAGCUGAGAUUUCAGAAAGUGACUAUCAAGAGUGGCUAAGUGUUUAUCAAAGAGCUGCAACUUCUGUACAGAACAGAGCACUAAAACUUGAAGAAAGUUAUGAACUAAUUGAAAAAAAUCUUCAAUUACUUGGAGCUACAGCCAUAGAAGAUAAGUUACAAGACCAAGUGCCUGAAACAAUAGAAACUCUCAUGAAAGCAGAUAUCAAAAUUUGGAUCCUUACUGGAGACAAGCAAGAGACUGCUAUUAACAUAGGACACUCAUGUAAACUCUUAAGAAAGAACAUGGGGCUACUUGUCAUAAAUGAAGGCUCUCUUGAUGCAACAAGAGAGACAUUAAGCCAUCACUGCAGCAUUCUUGGUGAUGCUUUGAGAAAGGAAAAUGAUUUUGCUCUUAUUAUUGAUGGUAAAACAUUGAAGUAUGCCUUGACAUUUGGUGUAAGACAGUAUUUUCUGGACUUGUCUCUGUCUUGUAAAGCUGUUAUUUGUUGCAGGGUUUCACCUCUUCAGAAGUCUGAAGUUGUGGAAAUGGUUAAAAAACAAGUAAAGGUAGUAACAUUAGCAAUUGGUGAUGGAGCAAAUGAUGUUAGUAUGAUACAAACAGCACAUGUUGGUAUUGGUAUAAGUGGAAAUGAAGGGCUACAAGCAGCUAAUUCGUCAGAUUAUUCGAUAGCUCAGUUCAAGUAUUUGAAGAAUUUACUUUUGGUCCAUGGUGCCUGGAACUACAGCAGAAUUGCUAAAUGCAUCUUAUACUGCUUCUACAAGAAUAUUGUCCUUUACAUUAUUGAGAUAUGGUUUGCAUUUGUUAAUGGAUUUUCUGGACAAAUUCUAUUUGAAAGAUGGUGCAUAGGACUUUACAAUGUGAUGUUUACAGCAAUGCCCCCAUUGACACUUGGAAUAUUUGAGAGAUCCUGCCGCAAAGAAAAUAUGUUAAAAUACCCUGAAUUAUACAAGACUUCUCAAAAUGCCUUGGAUUUUAAUUCAAAGGUUUUCUGGGUUCAUUGUUUAAAUGGCCUCUUCCACUCAGUAAUUCUGUUCUGGUUUCCACUAAAAGCCAUCCAAUAUGAUACUGUAUUUGCCAGUGGUAGAACCUCAGACUACUUACUCUUGGGGAACACAGUAUAUACAUUUGUAGUAAUAACUGUAUGUUUAAAAGCUGGAUUAGAGACUUCAUAUUGGACUUUGUUUAGCCAUGUAGCCAUAUGGGGCAGCAUUGCACUAUGGGUGGUAUUUUUUGGAAUCUACUCUUCUUUGUGGCCUCUCAUUCCUAUGGCACCUGAUAUGUCAGGAGAGGCAGCUAUGUUGUUCAGCUCUGGUGUCUUCUGGAUGGGAUUAUUAAGUAUUCCUUUGACAGCCUUGAUAUUCGAUGUAGCAUAUAAAGUAGUGAAGAGAGCAGCAUUUAAGACACUGGUUGAUGAAGUCCAAGAGUUGGAAGCACAGUCACAAGAUCCAGGAGAUGUUGUUCAUGGGAAAAGCUUAACUGAAAGAGCACAGCUACUGAAAAGUGUCUUUAAGAAGAACCAUGUCAACUUGUACCGCUCUGAAUCUCUACAGCAAAAUUUGUUGCAUGGUUAUGCUUUUUCACAAGAUGAAAAUGGCAUUGUUUCGCAGUCUGAAGUGAUAAGGGCCUAUGAUACCACAAAGCAGAGACCCGAUGAGUGGUGAAGAACAGUGUCACAGAGCUCUUAUAUUUGCCAUAGUAAGGCAAACUAAUAUACAUUUUCUGGGUCUGCUAACAAGGUCCAGUAACAGAAAUUAGAGGAAGAUGUAUGUUGUUGCUCUUAUUCCCCAAAAUUUCAGUUAACACAUUGAGUAGGCAUAAGCACUGUACAACUAUACUGUAAUACACCAUCUCUAAAUUUUUCAGCAAGUGUUACUUGGAUUUUGUAAACAGACAUUGAAAAUUAGCUUUAGUCUUUAAAGACUGACUAUUUACAGCAAAGCUGAACAAGUGUUCCUAUAUGUAUACUGGGAACAUAACAAAGAACCAGAUUGCACAACAUAGCAUACAUUGACAACCACAGCCUUUGCAAAGGUUUACAAAUAGCAAAUUGUUUAAAGUAAUGAGCCUUUGGUUUCAACAAGUGCUAAAUAACAUUUUUAAAGGAUAUGUAUUCAUCUGGGGAGUUAAGAUUUCAAAACAAGGCAUUUAUACGGAAUUGUGUCUAAUUAGCCGAAGAUGUUUGCCAAAGAAGUUCCACAUUUCUCAUUUAGUAAUAAUUUGCAGAUAAAUUUUAAAGGGUGGUGAUGGCAAUGUCAAGUAUAAUAGUAGGAUUGCAUGCUGGAAACUCUGUACUUGAAUAGUUCCACAAUAAUGUGAACUUGAUACAGAUUGCUUUUUGUUGCAUUUCUUUUCACAUUUGUGCUCACUUUCAGCUUUGGCCUUAUACUAUCCUUUUCUUUUAUCAUUUAUGUUCAUUUAACAGAAAUGUAUAAAUUCAACACAGCAGCCAUUUUCUAUGUAAGGGGCAUGUAUGUGGGACUUGACUGACUUACAGAGAAAUACUGGAUUGCCUUAUACCUAUUCCUUAGACCUAAGAAUUAUAGUACUUGUACUAAGAAAUAACCUGUAUGUAAAGAUGUUCCCCUGCCACCGUAUCCAAAAACGUCUGAUCAGCACUGUAAUUUCUAAUGCAACUGAUUAGUGGUUGGUGGUGAGUAAAGAGUGGUGCCUUCAUUCAGUUUUCUUUCCCUCCAAACAAGUAUAAAAAUUGGUAGAGAUGAAGGAGCCAACCAUAUCUUUGACUGUCCACGCAUAGUGCAAGAGCACAGUGCAUGCAUCCCUUAUGGGCUUCUUUCCCUAUUGUUCAACUUCUUGUUCCAGAUUUAAAAUUGAAACCAGAAUUAUGUACCACACACAAAAAUAUUAUUCCAUGCACAGAUUGUCUUUAAUGGAUUAGGGAGGAAGUGAAUUUGGAAACUGUGGGGUUUAUUUAUAGUCAUGAGAGUAUUUGAGGCACAAAGUAAUUCCUUCUGCAAUUUUUGUUAUCAACUUGGUAUUACACUAGAUUAUCAGUUUGUAUUAUGUAACACUUUUUCUUCAUUUCAAAUAUAUUUGGUGAGUACAGUUCAGUUGGAUUUAAAUUAAUGUACACCGUGAUGUUUGAGAAUUUCAGUCAGUUCUUUUUCUUUCUUCUUCUUAAAUAUAAAUGUCCAUGUAUAUCAGUUAAACAAAAAAAUGUAAGAGAUCUCUCCUUGCAACCAGAAAUAUCUAACUACUUUUAAUAUUUUCAGUUUGUAAAGAUCAGAGACAGAGCCCAGUGUACUACAAAUUAUUUUUACUCUGCUAUGAGUUUUAAAAGCCAUUUCAAUUUAUUUAUUUUUAAAACAUAUUUUAUAUAAUAGGUUACACUUCUGACUUGAGUGUACAACUGUCCUACCUAUCUAAAAACAAGUAUAGAUAUUCUGAUAAAAGCAAAGUUUGUGUGUAGCUGUUUCCACUGAGAUCCUUUUUUUAAAAGUAAUGCCAACUAUUAAUACUGAAAGAGCAGAACUCCUCCAUAGUAACAAGAACACUUUUCCCCCCAAUAAUAAUAAUAAUUGAAGAAAACAGCCCUGUUUUUCAUUUUGUGGCCAGAAAUUGCCUUCAGGAGAGAUACAUUCAGCAUAGCUAACAAAUGACUCAACAAGGAGAGACAGAUCACUUCAUCUGAAGCACAAAAAUAAUCAUGGCACACCCUUCCUAAAAUGUGGACUUAAUUUAUUUUGUCAAAAGGACAGAUUCACAUCAAACGAUUUCCCAAAUCAACAAUUAAAAAUUAUAGUAUUUUAGCAUAUUUAUAAUACAGUUUUAAGCAGUGCAUGUUUCAUUUUAGAAUAAAUUAGCCAAGUCAGUCACUAAUUCAGCAGAAGCUAUGAGCUCUUCACAUACCCUGUUCUUUACUCCUGACCUUAAUGCUGCCUCUACUCUCAGCCUUAAUGCCACCUCUUAUGACCUCUGGCAGAACUGCUAAUCUCUAAUGAGGAAAAAGGAUGUCCUCAAGUCAGUUCCCAAAUCUGAGUCAGAGUUGAUGAGCACCAUGUACAUUUUGGGUACGGGAUGCUGGUGUGUACGCCUACUAUUUUCCCCACAGCAUGAAACACUUGUUCGCAUGGAAAUAACCUUGGAGAAUAAUCUGCAUGCAGAAACAUAUUUCAGCACACAGAGAAUUCUGUUUCCUCAUACAGAUCGCCCUUGCUAGAUCACAGUGAAGACAUAAUAUUUACCAUAGUUACCAGAAAUGGCACAUAAUGGACAUUUGUUUUCACUCUCUCCUUGCUGCCGAAAAGUAGGCCACUCUUAACACAUUUCCUUAUUCAGCAGAUUUUUUAAAAAUGAAUGAUUAUGUUACAUAUUUUAUUAUUUUUUUCUUUGUAAGGUAUUCCACAUCUACAUUUUCACAGACUAUAUAUAAAUUUGUCUAAUAGCAGCCAAUAUUAGGAAAUAUGUUCUCUAUAAAAAUAUAGCGGUGACAGUGUAUUUGUACUGUCUUUAUUUUUUAAAAAUCUGAUUAUUACAAUACUACUUAAGACUUUGAGUUCCUUAAGAAAUAUGCCCAUGUCAACUAAAUUUGUUUGACGAAAAGUCAGGCUAAACAUAAAUUUGUUAUGUGCAAAUUACAUUUCAUAAGUGGUUGUUACAUGACAACAUAGAAAUAUAUACUGCAAUUUAAUAUAUUUGCGGUCAUGAAUUGGGUAGACAUAUAUUUUAAUAAAAAUAUUUUACUCAGUUUAUAGUCACUAACUAUACUGUUCUUGUUAGGACAUUCUGAACUUUUACAUUUCUCGAGUAAAUCCAUAAAGGAAGCUGUAUUGUUUGUAUGUAGUAAGUGUAUUGUGAAAGUAUUUCAAAUUAUUCUUAACAGUUAUUUCAACAGUUGAAUGAAAAUGGUGCCAUUCAGUUGAGAGAACUUCUACACCUAUAUUGUUUUUAAUUACUUGUGAGAAUGUAGUACCUAACCACAAUAUCACAUAAUUGGAAAUACUUUGAGAAGCCAUAAGUGGACUUGUUUUUCUUAGUGUUAGAUUUAUUUUUGCAAACAAUUUUUGACAAAUUUAUAGUUGAACAACUUUCUAGUUGUAUAAAAAUAGAUGAAAUAUUUAAAGAAAUGUAAUACAGUCUCACAUGGGAAGACAUCCUUUUUUCAUCAUUUAAUUAUUGUUAAAUUACUUGCUAGAUAAUUGGACCAUGUAUUUAGCACUCCUCUUUUUCUACUGAUUUAUGUAUUAUGCAAAAGCAGUUGUUGCUUUGGUAAGUUUUAUCAAUCUGUCUGCAUGAGUUUAUAUGUCACAGUAUGAAUCUGAACUGAUGCAUGCAUGUUCUAUAAAGCUCAUUUUUCCUUUUCCUUCAGCUGAAACAUGCAUCACAAUAUAUGUAUUUAACAAGCAAAAGUAAGUGUUGAGUAAACAACUGAGUUAAACACUUCAUUUUAUUAGUAUUGAGUGUAAUUUCAGAAAAUCAUAUAUAUGUUGCUAGUGUUACAAAAUAUGUGCAAAAUCCAGUAACCUAACUGGGUUACUCAGUCUGUAGAAUUAUGGUGAAAAAUGACACCAUGGGGGCAUCUUGUAUUUUUCAGGUUAUUUCAACACAUACUUUUGCAUCCAUUCAAUAUUUUGUAUUUGCAAAACUGUGACACAAAUGUGUAAAAGUAAAAUCAUGUUUCAGUGUUUUUCCUGUUCAACAAUUGAAGCCAUAAUGCAUUAAUAUUGUUUUUCUACUGCAACUUGAUAUUCAUGCUGCCAUGAAAGGCAGGCACUAUAUAAAAGUCAAGACUGCAUUCAAAGUACAGUAGGAUUUCCAGCUCCACUAAACCAUUACUGCUGAAACUGCUGUGGAAAUUGUGAAGCUGCAUGAAUGGAGAGAUUUUGACUCAGUGUUUAUGGUAGUUUUCCUCAGGUUUAGUUUUAAAUGGAUGUUAAAUGCACUGUUUUAUAAUGUUAUUAAAUUUUAGUAAUAUAUUCAGUUUGAUGCAGUGUUACAUGUCAUUGGCAUUUUGUGAAUGUGCAUGUCCUGAACUGCAAAUUUUAAAUGUUUUGUCUAAUUGUUUAAAAAAAUAAAACCUUGCCAUUAAAUACAACAAACUUUUUGAUAUUUUGUCUCCACCUUAAA